ACAGCGCAAACAAAUGACGCAUAUAUUCUUUCUUUGCAAGUCAAAUUAGGCACAUUCAGAUCAUCGCGAACCUACAUUUUUGCCCCUUUUUCUCUUUCGUCUCUCACCUCUGUUUUCCACGCCGAGCUUCUUCCUCGCAUUGCCGAACCAAAUCAAACCAAACCGUCCAAUUGCGGGUAUCAUAUCGCCCUGCUUUAGCCAACACGGCGUCCUGCAUCGAACAAUCACUCCGGAACCAUGUCCUUUGCACCGACUUACCACGCACAGGGAGGAACUUUCCCUGAAGAUUAUAGGUCUUCUUUUGGCAGAAGGACCAACAAUAACAGCAGUAGUUUCACUAUUAAUAAUGACUGCCAAAACAGCUGCAGCAACAAUUUCUACAGAAGUAGCAACCACAAUAAUUUCUGGAAUAAUAGCAGUGCCUGUGUUCCCUCAAGGGAUUUUAAGGAGCAUGGUUAUAAUUUUAAUUAUGUUUAUGUUAAGCCUGACAAUAUACAAGUCUUGAAAAAGAGAAAAUUUUCAGCUUCUACUUGGGAAGGCUGCCGAAGAAACUAUCAGCCACCUAAUUCUUAUGAUGCUGCCCCUUCAACUUGUAACAGCUCAGCCCAUCCUUCUGCUAGACCUAAUAACAAUUCAUACAUGCCUAUCAGUUGUAAACGUGACUGCUCAGAAUUGGAGGAUGGUGACGUGGUUUUUAUGUCGAGGGAUGAGAUUGAGAGAUGCUCUCCCUCAAGAAAAGAUGGAAUUGAUGUGCUACGCGAAACACAUUUGCGGUACUCAUACUGUGCUUUUAUUCAGAAUCUCGGAUUGCGGCUUGAAUUGCCACAAACCACUAUUGGCACUGCCAUGGUUCUAUGCCACCGCUUUUUUGUUCGAAGAUCACAUGCCUGCCAUGAUAGAUUUUUAAUUGCCACUGCUGCUCUUUUCCUUGCUGCAAAGUCUGAGGACACACCGUGUCCUUUGAACAAUGUAUUGAGAGUAUCUUCUGAAAUUCUCCAUAAACAAGAUCUUACUUUCUUGUCUUAUCUGCUCCCUGUUGGCUGGUUUGAGCAGUAUCGGGAUCGCGUGCUUGAGGCUGAACAAAUGAUAUUAACCACUCUGGAUUUUGAGCUUAAUGUGCAGCACCCUUAUGCUCCUCUUACAUCCAUUCUAAGCAAAUUAGGUUUUUCGCAAACUGUUUUGGUGAAUUUGGCAUUGAGCUUGGUCAGUGAAGGGGUCUACAAGAUUAGCGUGCUCGCCUGUAUGAUAAUCUUAGCUGGUGGAUUGAAAUGCUGUUCAUGGAAAGUUUUGUUUUACAUCUGAAGUUGAACUGCUGAUGUAGUGUGGAUCCCUAUUCAAUGAAAAUAUUCCAUCAACUUGGUCAUUGGCUAUUGAAGAUAGCCACAGACAUCUCCUUAACAAGUUCAACUAACUUACUGCCCCCUCUUUAUCUGGAAUGAUUCCAGCUUAUAGCCUUCACUUAACCUUCUUUUCACUUAAGUCUCCAUCUCCAGUGAUCUGGAGUGGUAAUAUGCUUGAGAAGGAAAAAAAAAAAAAAAAACUUGGGUUUUUUUUUUUUCUUUUGUCACUGAAGUUGUUGUGGACAGACUCUAUUCAGUGGAGGUAUGUGUUCAGUGGCGGGGGAGAUUUGUCAGUUUAGAUACGAUUUGUUGAAGUUGCUUUUAGUUGAGUCAAAUAAUUUGAAGCUCUAUCUUCUAACCAUAUUUUGCAAAAUUGAGACAUUCCUCCUAGUUAGCUAUGUGAUGAAAUUUCUCAUUGUGGGGUCUUUUUUAAUUUGGUAUCAAUAAAACCAUUGGUAUCAAUAAAACCAUUUGUAAUUUCAAAUGAGUUUUGAAACCUGUGUCUAAGAGGUGCAAUUUGUUGUACUGGUGCUUCCAUUAGAUGUAAAAGUUUGCCCGGAUUUUCAGUUGCCCAUCCUCCUCACUAGCCUGGUAGUUUUUUUUUUAUGGGAUUUGUCAUGUAUACGUCUGUGGACAGAAAUGAGUGGAACUGUUCAUUUGAUAAAUUUUGGGUUUGCUGAAGUACAUCUAAAGAUGUAUAACAAAAGCUGAAAGAAAAAUGAAAAUGAAAACAAACCUUGCUACAUGAAUUCUUAGCAAAUUAUGUAGGCUUUAAUUUUAACUACUUGGCUUGUAAGUUGCCCUACAAGAAGAAAUUAUAUUCUAUAAUUGGCUCAAAGGUACUUUUAUUUUUUCCAAGAUUGAAAGAAAGCAUUUGGAGGCUUCACAUGAUUAUAAUUUAUAGCCAUUUAUUUAUCCUCUUUACAUUUUUUAUUUGUUAGAUACUUUGUUUAAAGUUUAUUGGAAAUUUUGAUGAAAUUUUACCAUCACCAAAUUUUUAAGUUGGAAGUUGAGACCUGAACCAUUGACACAAUGCAGUUUAGAAUGUAUGGUUAAUGUGGUUCAGUAAAAGCUGAUCGACACACAUACAAAUGCUUAUACAUCUCUGAGUGUGUGCGUUUUUUGUUUUUAACUCUUGGAAGGUUUUUGAAAUUUCAAAUGAUAGUGAAGAUCUAUCUUAUCUAAAUACUACCUUUUUUCCCCCACUCCAAAUUGAAAAAUGUCUAUUUUGCAUUUAAUUACUCAUACUGGUGCAUGCAAUUGUUAACAGGUAACUCACAGGCGUGCUUGUACUUGUGCAUACUCAGCCACACUUGCACCGAAAUAACAAAUCAAAAUACCAGCAUGAUUUAUGAUUUCAUGGUUAUGCUUAGCAUGUUAAAAAUUUUCUUAUCUAUUUCCGCUUGGAUAAUUUAUCAUUUUUUGUGAAGUAGAUCAUUAGUGUAGUUUUUGUGUGCUCAUAAAAUAAUUUUUGAAGGACGUUGGCUCCAUAGAUUCAUGCACUUGGGUGAUGGUCACUGCUUAGGUGUCUUUAAGGUGACAAUCUCCUUGCUGCAUUGCUUUGAUGGAGAAAAUGAGGCCUGGGAAUUCCUUGAGAAAUUAUUUUGACAAAAAAAUAUGUUGGGAGCAUAUGCCAUAGAUACUUUCAAUUUCUAAUAGAACAAUAGCAUAGCUUCAUUGCAUUGUUUUCAUUUGGUAUGUGGUAAUAGGUCUCAUUUGAACAAAUGUAGCUAUUUUUUAAUCUUGUUAUGAUAAAUUUUCAUAUCACACACACAUGGAGAAAUAAGGAAAGAGAGGCACGGUAUCAGUUGGCUUACACCUGUAGAAAUUUUGGAAAUCAUCAAAAUCUUUGAGAUGGUGAAACAUUGCACCUGCUGCUGAAGGUUCUAACAGAUGAAGGGCAAGAAAAAGAAAAAAGGGGGGAUGGGAUCAUGGAUGUCACUAAGUACUAAAUGCUCCAUCUGGUAAGCAGGAAAGAUCAAAGAUGAAGGAAAAAAGGUCAAAGGAAAAGGUUAGUUGACAAUCUGUCCUUUGUUUAAUGGGGUGGAAACCAAGAAGGAAAAAUGGUGGAAGGAAAAAGUUAAUAUAAACUCUUAGCAAUGGAAAACUAAGAAAGGGAAGAAGAAAAUGGAUGGAAAUGUGCCUUAUUAGUUUCCACAUCUUCUCAAACUAAUCAUUUGAAGAAUGGGAGAGCUUUUAGUUCUUAUAUUUUUCUUUGAUUGGCCAAUCAGUGAUAGGAAAGGGAAGGCUCUUUUCUUUCCUUUCUCUGCUUUUGCAGAUUUUGCUUUCCGCUUUUCCUUUCCCUCCUACUAACCUCAAUAUGAAGAAUUAGGGAGAAGCUGAAAGCCUGAAACUUGGUUCCUAAGCUUAAGAUGGGAAAUUAUAAUGAUAGGUAAUUUCCUUAAUAGUUUAGGUAUAUCUGGAAUGGCAGGCUUCUAAGCUUUUAAAAUAUUUUUAUAAAAAAUUUAAAAGAAAUUAUGAUUUUCUAUUUUUCCUUUUAAUUAGUAAAAAUGCGUAAAAACAACAACCAACUGCUAUUCCUUGUCAAUUUCUCUUCAAUGUCUCUUGUAAUGGCUCAAUCAAGAUUAAAUAUUCAUUUCUCUUUUGAUGGUACUCUACACAACAACCACUCUGAAAAUAUACACAACCAAAACUAUGUUGUCAACAUCAAAGACUCAAAAGCAUGCAUUGAGCUUUGUUAAUUACAAGGUUUAGCCAUUUUAUGAAUACAAUCUGAAUGGGACUGCUUCAAAUGAAAAUUCCUUGCCAUCUGUAACUUUUAGAGGUACUUUUAUGGAUUUAUUUAUUUAUUUAUUUAUUGUGGGUUUAUUUCAAAUCCCAAUCUAAUAUAACAUAUGGCAUAUUAGAAAGUUUAGUUCUUUGAUUGAUGCUUUCUCCAAAACCAGUAUAAGUCUUUCUCAAUGGAUGGUGUAAUAUCUUCACGAUUAAUUAUUUUUUAAGUAUAGUUAAAAGCACAGACAGAUUCUUUUUUGAAGAGAGGGACACUGGUUAAUUAUUUCUUGUAAUAUUAAACUUUUUUUUUUUUCUCUCUUUUUGUUUGUAAAAUGUGAAAACUAAUUAUAAACUUUGUAUGCAAAUAACAUCUUAAUGAAUGAAAGAAAUUGGUAUUGCAUACUUUUUGGAACUAUAUUUGUAUUAUUGGACUGCUUUUGCCAUCCCAUCACCUGAGAGCAUUCAGAUGGCUUGUUCAAUGUCUGUGUUGAUCUUGGCACUGUUUUAUAGGAGUCAAUUAUAUCUUAUUUCUUAUCAUGCUUAACAAGUUUUGCGCGCUCAAGUUUUUCUAAUGCAGCUGAGCUUUAAAAAACUCCAUCAUUUGGGGUGUUGUAAGGUGGUUGUUGAUAUAGUUGAAUUUUGCUUCCACCCAGCAAAAGUUGAUGUGUUCCAUGUAAUAUAAUAUAUUGAAUUUAUUGUUUUUAGUGUUUUCCUUUCUUAGGAGGCAAUUGCUUCAGAAGUUGGUAGAAGUUUUAGCAUUUUACAAAACUUGUGUGCAAGCUAAUGCAUACUUCCACAUGGUAGUUGGUUAUCAGGCCAGGCUAGUUGAGCCCUUUUAGUAUAGAUUUGAGAUCGAGGUUUUAUCCUUGUCAUUGAGAAGGCUAGGAAGUGCUCCAAUUAUUUGGUCAUUGAUGUACUGUAGAUGUUGUGUGGCGGAUCAUCAUUUAGGUGAUCAUAUGAAUUGUGAUCAUUCAUUAAGAUGGUGGUUGGAUCUUUUGUGUAGAUUACCUUGUCAACAAACAUAUAGGUGAAUUUUUUUCUGUUUUUUUUUUUUUUGGUUCAUGAGUCACUCUACUCCCUUAGAUUUUCUUUUUCGUUUUUUUCUUCUCUUUUUUAGUUUUUUGCUGGUUUUGUGACUGUCUUCUAUUUUUUGAGUUUCUUUUGAUUGGUGGUGCCAGCGCUUGUUUUGGUCUAUAUGACCUUUCUGAAGCAAAAUCAUUAUUAAUUUGAUUUCUGCCUACCUUUAGUUAUGCAGUCCUCUAUUUUGAGUAAAAAUUCAAAAGAAUUUCAGAAGGUUAAAUAUAUUGAAGUUUGCAUUUUGACAAAUUGGAUGCCAAUUGCUCAUAUUAAUAUUGAGUAUGGUAAUCCUUCUGUUUUUAUUUUAUUUUUAUUUUAUGUAUUUUUGCUUUAUUAUUAUUUUUUCCUGGGGUUCCUGGCUAACAUUUCUCUCAAGUUCUCCGUAUUUAGGACUGUUUUUUACAUGGAUGCAUAUUCUGGCUGGGCUUCUGUGAGUCUCGAGUAUGCCACUAUUUUACAUGUGAAUGAUAGUGUUUGCAGUCUGGAUGUUUCAACAGGGUUGGCACCUUAGGAGUGUUACUAUUUUAUAGAGCAAAGCAGGCUUGCUACUAUGUAGUAUGUUAUCUAUACUAAUAGAAGGAGUUCCCUCUUUGACAGCUUCCUAACAGUUAUUCUUAAUCUGAUUUUUCAAAUUCCUAAAAUGCCCCUUGAACUGUUUUCCUCCACAAAAAAAGUAACUAAUAUUCUUAAUAUUAAAAAAUAAAAAGGUCUGGAGCUGUGGGGCAUGCAGUAAAGUAUGCCCACUGCUAGCAUGUUCUGUAUCCUUAUUUGUGCACAUAUUUUGAACAAAAUUCCUAAUGAUCCAAUUACUGAAAGGUAAUUAUGUGGGCUAGAGAAUUUCUUUUAAUUAAUUUAUCCCUAUUCUAGUUUUCUAUCUGAUAACCUACAAAAGUUAUAAACUAUACAUGUGUGUGUACUCGUAUGUGUGUCCACACACAUAUAUUGCCUGCAUAAUGGCUAUCAGUAGAAGCUUGUGAUUUUCUAGUGUUGGGAUUGUGUACAUGCAUGUCCAUGUGCAUAAAAGCAUGCAUGUUGGCAAGCCUCUUCAGACUGAACAAUUGGGCUAAAGGUACUGACAUUUUCUUGAGAAGUGUCCUGGCUUGCAAUAAGUUGCCAUUUCCUGUUAUCUCUCAUUUGAAUCGCGUAUGUUGGAGUCAAAAUGCCCCCGCAGCUGAACUGGGCCUGGGAGUUGAUGUGUCCUGUAGAUGGGUAUGACGUGUUUGCUAUAGUUUUCGUACUCUUACAGCAAUUCUGCAGAAGAUAUUUCACCUGGGCUGCUAUUUUAGUUGGUAAGGGGAAAAUGCCUUGGCUUGCUUCUUUCAUUGUACUCAUGUUUGAUUUUUAUUGUGUCAACUGUCAAGCUUUAGUUUGUUACAUGAUUUUCUUAAGUAUUUUGAAGCUGAUGUUGUGGCUUUUGGCAAUUUGGCAAUAUAUUAAGUUGUACGAGCAUUGCCUCUUCAUGUUAGUGUUGCUCCAGAUGGUCGGUUACCUCUUAUACCAUGCAUUCCUCUUUCUGUUGGUGCCAGAGUAAAAAAUUGCUGUGUUUUUUGUCCCUUUGAAAAGUUUUAGUAUUUCCUUUGCAGGCUUCGGAGUUCACUCUGGCUUCAGUUCAAACCACAGGACAUUGCUGCUGGAGCUGCAUACCUUGCUGCCAAGUUCUUAAAUUUGGACUUGGCUUCUUACCAUAACAUUUGGCAGGAGCUCCAAACAUCACCGAUUAUUCUUCAAG